AUGGGAAGUUCAUCAAUGUGGAUGGCACUUGUCCUGCCUGCGCUGCUGGUCACGACAAUGUCGCCCUCCGUGGCGGAGUACCUACCCACAAUGGAGCCAUGUCAGAGUAGCUGCGGCCGCAUGGACAUCCCCUUCCCUUUUGGCAUCGGCGCAGGCUGCUUCCGACCGGGCUUUGAGAUCUCCUGCGUCAACAACUCGAUCCCGGUCAUGGCGGGCACCGACGGGAACAUACGGGUGCUGAAUCUGUCCUUGUCACCGGACCCCAUGGUCAAGGUGGAGCUGCCAAUGGCAUGGCAGUGCUUCGACUCCACUGGCGACCUCAUCGAGUCUUCCAACGGAGGGGGUGGCGUGAACCCGCUAGGCGUGUAUCGCAUCUCCAGCACCCUCAAUGAGCUCGUCGUCCUCGGCUGCAAUACCUUAGCCAAGAUCAACACCAGCGAGCGCCCACAGACGUACCAGUACUACACGUACAGCACGGAGUGCGUGGCCUUGGCCAACGACUCCAGCGACCCGCACGACGGUGCGUGCAACGGCGUCGGCUGCUGCAGCGUCGGCGUCCCGCUGGGGCUCACCGACAACGAACUCUUCUUCGAGACCGGCGGCUCCUGGACGCACAAGAACCUGGAGUUCUGCCCCUGCGACUACGCCUUCAUCGUCCAGAAGGGCCUCUACAACUUCAAGAAGGACCACCUCCUCCACAUGGACGUCAACCACACCAGCAUGCCCAUGUCACUGGACUGGGCCAUCCGCGAGAACGGCUCCCUGUCAUGCGUUGACGCAGCUAUGCGGACGGAGGAGUACGCCUGCAAGAGUGCCAAGAGUCGGUGCUUCAACUCUAGGAAUGGGCCGGGCUACUCCUGCCACUGCAACGAUGGCUUCGAAGGCAACGCUUACGUUGUCAAUGGAUGCCUCGAUAUAGAUGAAUGUGCACGAGACGACACUCCAUGCCUGGGUGUGUGCAAGAACACCAAUGGCGGUUACCGAUGCUCAUGUCGUCCAGGUUAUAAGAGCUCUGACCCACAUGUGUAUCCCUGCGAUCCUAUUAUCCCAUUGGCAGGACAAAUUUCCAUAGGCAUAGUAGCUGGUAUUUUUAUCAUCACAAUAACGUCAUUUAUUAUCGUCCUUCGCAAAGAGAAGAGGCACAGGGAUGAGAUAUACAGAAAAAAUGGUGGUCCUACAUUAGAAAAGGCUAGUAUUAUAAAGCUUUUCAGAAAGGAGGACCUCAUACCAAUUUUAAAACCUAGCAAUAUAAUUGGAAAAGGUGGUUUUGGCGAAGUUUACAAGGGCCUUCUUGAUGGUGUAUGGGUAGCGGUAAAGAAACCGAUUAGUGGCAAUCAGAUGGAGACUAACCAAUUUGCAAAUGAAGUCAUCAUCCAAUCUAAAGUUAUCCACAAGAAUAUCGUUAGGCUAAUAGGUUGUUGCCUAGAAGUGGACACCCCCAUGCUAGUCUACGAAUUCAUAUCACAAGGAAGCAUGGAUGACAUUCUUCAUGGUGGGGAGAAGAAGCAUCUCGGCUUGGAUGCGCGUCUCAAUAUUGCUGCAGAAUCAGCACAGGGUCUAGCUUAUAUGCAUUCACAAACCAAUACGGUCAUCUUGCAUGGUGAUGUUAAGCCAGCAAAUAUAUUAUUGGAUGAAAAGUUUGCACCCAAGAUCUCAGACUUCGGCAUAUCAAGGCUGAUUGCAAGAGACAAUGAACACACUGCAUCAGUCAUAGGUGACAUGAAUUAUAUGGAUCCAGUGUACCUAGAAUCCGGCUUGUUGACCGCAAAAAGUGAUGUAUACAGUUUUGGAGUGGUGAUCCUAGAACUCAUCAGCAGGAAGAAGGCCACUCGUCCUGGCAAUAGCAGCUUAGUGAAUAGUUUCGUUGAGAAUCACAAGAAGGGGAAGGAAUCAACGGAGCUAUUUGACACGGAGAUCGCAGUGGGAGGAGAUGUGGGCCUUCUUCAAAGCCUGACCGAACUUGCUAUGAAAUGUCUUAACCUUGAGGUGGAGCAAAGGCCAACAAUGACUGAAGUUGCAGAGCAACUUGUCGCAUUUACUCGAUCGCGCCAGGUGUAA